ACAGAUCUGCUGAGAGCACCAGAGCACAGCUCCUCCACAGACCACAGCCGCAGGGCUCCCACUGCAGCUCGGAGGAAAACCUCACACAUUCAGGAGGACAAAGAGCCACAGCUGCUUCCUCAUAGGACCACAGGGCAGAAGACAGGACGCAGAAGAAAAGGAGGAGAAAAGAGGGAUUAAACAGAGAGAGGAUGUGAGGGGAGCUGAAGAUUUUUUUCAGAUGUGCAGAACUUUAAGGGCAAACAGCCACUCACUUUUGGAUUUCCUUCAAUAAUUCAUCUUUUGCCUCAUAUUUGAUCCGAGGAACUCAAGAGUGCUUUCUUUUUUUUUAAGUUUGAUCUUUUUUCCGCUGUUAAAUAUUUCUGCCCAUCUGGCUUUUUGGAGGAUCUUGUACAGUAUUGAUAGCUGCCUCUGAACUUCACCACUAUCCAUAUCUGUCUAUGUAAUUGUGUCUGUGAGUGUUUGAGCAUCAGUUUCUGACUGACUGAUUGAAAGGCACCUGGUUGAGUUAACAGGUACUCAUGUGUCACUGUGGCAAAGAAAAUACACAGUUUUGUUUUUAAGCCACGCUGAAAGCUUUUCUCCACGAGGUCCCCCCCUCAGAUGUCAUAUCACAAAAACUACUGAGGCCUUCAUCUUUACUAAUAUUGCCUGGGAGGACACUGUAGUGACUCCAGCAAAGCUUUCCUCUUUCUUUUGAAAUAUUUGGGAGGACGCAGCUUUUCUUCUGUGAAGCCCUGCCUCUACCUCAGGAUGGCUGGCUGUACCAGCCGCUGCAGGCAGGGGGUAGUCAAACUAAUCCAGUCCCUGCGGAGACUGGUCUCAGGGACACUAACAAAAGAUAAAUCCGAUGAUGAUCUGGAGAUGACGACGGUGUGUCACAGGCCAGAGGGUCUUGACCAGUUAGAAGCCCAAACUAACUUCUCCAAACAAGAGCUGCAGAUCCUCUACCGCGGCUUCAAGAAUGAAUGUCCAAGUGGUAUAGUAAAUGAGGAGACAUUUAAACACAUUUACGCACAGUUCUUCCCUCAUGGAGACGCAAGCAUGUACGCACAUUAUCUUUUCAACGCCUUUGACACCACAAACAAUGGCUCCAUUAAGUUUAAGGACUUUGUAGUGGGUUUGUCUACACUGCUGCGAGGAACACUGAGAGAGAAGCUGGAGUGGACGUUUCACCUCUAUGACAUUAACAGAGAUGGCUACAUAAACAGAGAGGAAAUGACUGAGAUCGUGAGGGCUAUUUAUGACAUGAUGGGAAAAUACACCUACCCUGCAUUAAAGGGAAACGUCCCACAGCAGCAUGUGGACGCCUUUUUUCAGAAAAUGGAUAAAAACAAAGAUGGAGUGGUGACCUUGGAGGAGUUUGUCGUAGCCUGCCAGGAGGAUGAAACCAUGAUGAGAUCCAUGCAGCUGUUUGAAAACGUGAUGUAGGGCAGAAGAUGGUGAUGAAGAUGAAGACAGAAAAAAUGAGAGGGCUUGGUGUGAGUGUGUGAGUGCAUGUGUGGAUGCAAAUGUGCAAUACCUCCAGAUUUCUUCCUCUUCUCCUUCUGUGGUCUGGAUACAACCCACAAUGACUCGAAGAAAGACUGUACCAAACUGGACUGCUUUUAGCCUUCCUGUGGAGAUUUUCCACUCCAAAACAAAACAAAGUGACUGAUGUGACAGACAUUGCUCUCGGUUUCUGUCCUGAGGAUUCACAUGUCAGAGUAAAAGAUGCUCCUUCUGUACAUUACCAGGCUGCUCCCUCCAACCAGCGAUGAGCUAUUGUUCAACCAGCAAGACCUUUUUUCUUUUACCAAGAGAUAUUCUUUUUGGUCAAAAAAAAAUGCAUGCUUUUGCAACAUACUUUUGAUUUAGCUCCAAACAUUCUUUGAAUGAAUAAUGGGAAUUUGGCCAUAUUUAUGUUGCAUCUACUGGUUGUCAGAUGUGACAUAUUUCAAAUGUCAUGCGUUGCUUUCACUGUUGCAGUGACCCCAGUGCUUUUGUGUUGACCUGGCUGUCGCUUGCCUGCUGAGUGUGUCUGAAGCUUAUUGUCAAGAGUCUGUGUAAAGCUUACAGGGUCAAACAGAUUGGAAAAAGUACAGUCCAUGGGUCUUAUUUGGUAUAUGUGUAAGUGUGUUCCUGUCUUUCUGGUCUUUCUGUCUAUGUUGAAACUUAGGAUUUUAGUGAAAAGGAAGAAGAGAUCAAAUGUUUCUUUCAUUAUUUUCACUGGCUGCUUUGCUUCUUGUGGUCAAAUGAUUGUGUUGUCAAAAAUCGAAAAGAAAAAGAAAAAUGUGCGUAAAGUUUUGGUUAUAUGAUGAAGUGCCCGCCAAAUUAAGAUGGGGAAAAGGAUUGUAAUAAUUAAAGUAAUACUUUUUUUGCACAGAUGAUCAAGGUGUCAAUGGCAACAGUGGUGAUAUUAUAUUUGUAAUGUACAAUGUUACUGAUCCUGUGCAGAAACUGGUCAGAUGAUUAUUGUUAAAGCCAUUGUUACUAAAUCCUGAUAUUUAAACGCUUGGAUAAUCUUGCAGGGAAAUACCGCUGUGUUUCAGCAUUGGAAUGUGAUAUUCUAAUGACACUGAGGACAGCUCCAUCAUGUAUUAGUGAGCAUUUGGUACUGCCUCCUCCAUCCAAUCCAAGUCUAUGAUGUCACGCUGACAUACAGCUAAAGACAGAACAAGGUGACUAAAGCGAAUGCCUGCAGCUAGCUCUCUAUGAGUCAGGGUGUGUUUGAAAGCACCACCAUAAUAUAAAACUCAGUGGCUGUAGUAGAUUAAGCACUAAAAUAUUCAUCAUUGUUCCUUUUGCUGUGAGUGGAGCAGCUUUUUCGCUAUAAAGUACAUCAGCGUGACAUCACAGCCUCCGGUCUUAGUUUGGAACAGCGGAUCUCACUAACUGGAGUUUUAUUUAAAGCCAUAAGAAUAAAAUCUACUUUACAGUUUA